AUGCGGCCGGUUAAGCCCGGCGCCGCGCUGCCCGCGCUCCUGCUGCUGGCUCUGGCGUCGUCCCCGCAGGGGACUCAGGGGAGGCCCCGGGGGCGCAGGGGAGAGCGCGUGGCGGACGAGAAGCCGCGGCCGCUGCUUUUCCUCCCCGCGGCCUGGGCCGGCCCGGCUCCCGGCGCCUCCCGGAGCGCAGAAAUAUUCCCAAGAGAUUUGAACUUAAAAGACAAAUUCAUAAAGCAUUUCACCGGGCCAGUCACAUUUUCAGCUGAAUGUAGCAAACAUUUCCAUCGACUCUAUUACAAUACCAGGGAUUGCUCAACGCCAGCUUAUUACAAAAGAUGUGCUAGAUUGCUAACAAGGUUAGCAGUGAGUCCAGUGUGCUCGCAGACUUAG